GUUUGGCUGUACUGCUUUUCUUGUACAGCGUAGCUAUGAUUGAGGAUUUGAAUAACAAACAAUUCGCUUGCAAAAAUAUAUCUCAAAAUAUAUCACACCAUCGUACAUGUCAGGUUUAAUUCACCUGCCCACCCAUCUUGAACGUUACAACCAAAAUUCACACUAUCUUACUUAUUCCACAUGUUCUACCAUAAGACUAUCGGCCUUCGUCCUGACUUUCCCAAUCUUCUCACCUCAUGGUCUUCGUGCUCGAUGUGCUUUAACGGGAGUUUGACAGAGAGGGCAUCCGGGUCAUUGACGACGAUCAACGACGGAUUCGUACGCUAGUAUGCGUCUAUAUCUUCCAGGGU